UAGUUGAAGAGCCAAAUUCGAGAAUCUUCGAGGAAGUUGAUCGAAUCAAAUAGUACUAUUUUUUGCCUAAUUACAUUAUUUGAUUUUAAUAAUUAGGUAUUGUCACUUUAUUUUGGGGUUUUAUUUUCUCUCUGUGUCUCUAUCAAGAUUUUGCUUCAUCAAAAUUAAAAGUAAAAAGUCAGGUUGAUUGAUUGGAAUUUUGGAUAUUAGAUUAAGAUAUGGCGAGUGGUUUUGGUGAAUCAAUCAGUGUACCGCCCGAAAGUUCGACCUUUUCUGGGAAUAAUAGUAAUAAUGCCAAUGAUGCUGGUGAUUUUGAAUGCAAUAUUUGCUUAGAAUUAGCUCAAGAUCCUAUCGUAACCCUUUGCGGCCAUCUCUUUUGUUGGCCUUGUUUGUAUCGAUGGCUACGGCACCAUUCGCAAUGCCAUGAAUGUCCAGUUUGCAAGGCUCUUAUAGAAGAAGAAAAAUUGGUUCCUCUUUAUGGUAGAGGUAAAACACAGAGCGAUCCUCGGGUGAAAUCUUAUCCCGGUAUGGAAAUUCCUAGGCGCCCGGCUGGACAAAGACCUGAAACAGCCCCUCCUCCUCCGCCCCCUGAAGCUAAUAAUUUACCGAAUUAUGCGUUUGGAUUGAUGGGCGGUUUUGUACCGAUGGCUACUUCACGGAUUGGUAACUUUACGUUGUCAACUGCAUUUGGUGGUCUAUCUUUAUUCCCUUCGUUGUUCAACAUUCAGUUUCAUGGUUUUCCGGAUGCUACAGUAUAUGGGACGACAUCUGGUUUUCCGUAUGGAUUUCAUGCUUUCCAUGGCGGUAAUGUACAUGGAUUCCCUCGAGCAAUGAGCCGAGGACAGAAUGCGGAUAAUGUUUUGAAGAAUCUUCUGCUGUUUAUCGGCGUAUUGGUUAUUCUUGCUUUGGUUUGGUGGUAAAUCAAUCAUUUAGCUGUCUGUCAUGUGUUUGUAUAUAUACAUUAGCUGCUUUCUUGAUUCUUUUUUGUUCCUGAGAAAAUGUCAAUACCGAUACUUGAUUUUGUUGUUUAACAUUUUCUUGUCAUUUUACUUUGUUGCAAGAAUGACUUGCAAUUGUAUUAUUGUUAUCGAUUGUAUUUGCAUUUUUCUCUUGGAAGUUUGUUGAAUCAUACGAAUUGGAAUUUAGCAUUUGUAAUUAGCUUUAUUGUCUUAUGAAACUGUCUCUUCAUUGGA